CAGAAUUAGAGCCGCGUCACGCGUUUAAUAUGAUUCUAACCGUUAAUUUUUUCCGCUGGCGGUGUUCCAGCAUCCUCUACUCAAAAUUCAAAAACCUUUUAAUAUUUUUUUUUAUUAAGGUUUGUUCAAUGUUAUCAUGGCGAAUUCUCUCUCCGUCGUCAUCUCCAACGAUGUAUUGUUUAUCUACAACUCAUACUCUUUCUUGCACCACCAUCACUCCUUCCAGAGAUCCGACCGCCUCAUUGAGAUUGCCGGAAACAUCCAUGGAUGAGCCAUUAAAAUCUGAGUCUAAACCAAAACCUAACAGUGAUGUUAUUGAAUCGACUUCAAAGAAGACGAAAAAGGAUGUGGCGCCAGGAGAUCAAGAUCAAGAAGGAGACGAACAAAUUUCAAUAUCAAGAAUUCAAGUGCCAAGACAGAAAUACAUCUCAGUUUCCAAAGCAGAGCUUUUGGACGCCAUUGUAUCAGUGAUGUUCCAUUCUCAAGAUGAUAGGGAUCAGUUUCUCCUUAUCGCCUCGUGUCUGGAUUCCAUUCUUCAUGCUGAACACAAGAGCAUUUUGGAAGAAAUGCGAAAUGAUUAUUUCUUCACGGAUUCCGCAGGCGAUGAAGGAUCAAUUAGUUCGGACACAAAACUUGAGAAUAAUGGCAAAGAAAAUAAGUCGGUUCAUGUAUUUAACACUGAAAACUCUGACCCGGAUAGUGAUAUCAUCAAUAGGAACGGGCGCAUAAAUAAAUAUGUUGAUGAUGAAGGAGAGGAGACUGAACCAAAUGAGUUAUCACCUUUUAAUUAUGGUCUGGACUUAUGGAAUCUUAUAGGUUCUGCAGCCAAAAAUGUUGAGAAAUAUAACGAGUCCAGACUUGCUGUUUCCACUCGUUUCCAGCGUGCUUUCAUGCAACUGCUUAAUAGUGCUCAGUUUGAAGAACUUUCAGCUACAGAUUUGGUGUUGACAUCUGCCUUAAACACAGAUUAUCUCCUAACUUUGCCAGUAUACGUUGACUGGAAGAGGGCAUCAGAAUCUAAUGCAAUAAUAUUCAGGCGAGGUUAUGCAACCGAGAGGCAGAAGGGCCUAUUAAUUGUUGAGAAAUUGGAUUACAUACAAUCCAGACUUCUGCAAAAGAUCUUCUUUAUUAUCUCAAAACCAUUGGAGAAAGUUGGCAAAUGGAUAAGUGAGACUCUCACAAAUGCUUCUCAGACACAAGAAGUACAAGAUAUAAUUAAGAGAACGAAGCUGUGGCUUAAGGAACUGUCUUUUUUUCAACAAUCUUAUUUUAGUAAUGAAGAAACUUCUGAUAGUCUGCUGGAUGCAGACCAGCUUUCAGAUGGUGAACUACCUAUUUGGUUGGCAGCACAGAAGGCAGUUAGUCGUUAUGAAGGUUUUCUGUCGCCUGUCGGACCACGUGGGAGGCUUUUGAGAAAACUGCUUACAAAUAUUGGAUUUACUUCUCCUACACCGGAAACAACAUUUCAACUUGAGGCUAAUAGUAAUGCAUCUGAACCUUAUUUAAGGAAUUGUUCACCCAGACCAAUUUCCUUAUCAAGGAUAUCACUUAGUGAUAUAUGGAGGCCUGCUUCAAGAAAAUACUGUGGAAAUGAUCUUUGGAAAAUGUUAAAAACUUCUGUAUCCAUUCUCCUCUCAAAAUCAAUACUUCAGGAGCCAGCAUUUGAAGAAUUGGUUUUGCUUUAUACCAAUGACAUGGACAAAAAAGAAACUAAAGAUAAAGCUGAAGGUCCACCAUUGCAGUUAAAGAUCUAUAGGAGAAUUCCUAUUCCAGAUUUACCUGUUAUAUUUCCUCAUAAGAAGCUAUCUUUCCGUAUCAUUGACACAGUGCGCUUGGAUGUUGCCACAAUUGUGGGUCUUCUGGCGUUUAUCAUAAACUACAAAUUUGAGGACAUCUUAUCUUCCCCAUCAGCAUUACUUCUCGAUGUAAUUGCUAUCUCUGCUCUUAUAUUAUAUAUCACCCGUGUGGUUUUGGGUUAUAAACAGACACGAGAUAGGUAUGAGCUGUUGGUUAACAAGACACUUUAUGAGAAAACCUUGGCAAGUGGAUUUGGCUCAAUUCAUUUUCUUCUGGAUGCCUCUGAACAGCAGCAAUACAAGGAGGCCAUUUUGACCUAUGCUAUCCUGCUUAAAGAAGAGAGUUGCCAGUUGCAGGGCACCUGUCGUCAGAUUGUUGGAGACAAAUGUGAGAAAUUUAUGUACGAUGUUCUUAAAGAGAAGGUUGAAAUGCCGAUUGAUAAGGCAGUGAAUUUAUUGGUAAGGUUGGGCAUGGUGUCGGAAACAUCCAUUGAUGGAAGAUCUCAUUUGCAGGCAACACCAUGCUCCGAGGCUUGCGAGGCCCUUAAGGAACGUUGGAAUGGUUUGCUAGGAUAACUUAUUGUUAUCAAUUGCGACAUCAUAUUACACAGUAUAUAUUAAUUUUGAAGGAACAUCCAUCAGAAAAUUGGUUAUCUUUGUUGAGGAAGUAUAUUAUGGGAAAGGUAUAGAUGGUUUGUAAAAGAUAUUAUUAGUGGUGCGAUCUUGUAAUCAUGUAUUACUUGGGCUACCAUACAGCUUCAAAAACACGCUACUGAGAAUAUAAAUUGACAUCAAUUAGAGCAUUCAAAGAAGAAACGGAAC